AGAUCCCAACCCCCGCCAUCUCUUGUGGUGGAUCAUCUGCUUUCAUUUCAUUGCAUCAUCUAUUUCUAAUUAAUUAAUUAAUAAGUUAAUUGACUCAUUAUUUUAUAAUCAAUUUUAUUCUCACCCCGUGGAGGAGUUGAAGGUUUAGUUAUCUACUCUUCUCCGCUCCUCUCUACGCAUCUCAUGAUUCAUCUCUCGUGCAAUGUCAGCUUAUUGACCCCUUUUUCGUUUCUUCUUCUUCUUCUUCUUCUUCUUCUUCAUCUCUCCUUAUUGACCCCCUUUUUCGUUUCUUCUUCUUCUUCUUCUUCUCUCUCUCUCUCUCUCUCUCUCUCUCUCUCUCUCUCUCUAUAUAUAUAUAUAUAUAUGUACACACACACACAUAUGAAUACAUAUAUUUCUGGAAAUACAGGUGCUUGCUUACUUUCUUGAGUUUGAAGUGUCCAGCACUUGGCAGACAGACAAAAGCCGACUAGACUAUACUAUACUUGUAGGAGGAGGAGGAGAGGAGUGUGAUAGUGUAUCUGCGUAAGAGAGGGAGACAGAGAACUUGUUCCUCCCCUCCCAUAUGAUAUGAAGAGCGCUACUUCUGACGAGAUUGAUGGACUCCUCUCCUUGUUUAACCCUGUUACUGCACAGUUGGAUAGGAUUUCCCUUGAUCGGGCUUCCCUUUGCUGGGAUUCUGACAAGGCGCUGGGUUCUAGUUCCGUCAACUCUUUUGCUUCCCUUGCCACUCCAACACCAAAGUCUUGUACAGAGCUGAAGGAGGAGAUUGACAUACUUGAGCUUGAAAUUAUGCAUUUAGAGCGUCAUCUUCUUUCACUGUAUCGAACAGCUUUUCAAGGAUGCUCUUUGCCAGGUACUCCAGAAAGCCAUUUACAAUUUAAAACAGGACGUUCCAAAUUGGAGCUGCAAAUGCACAGAGAUGAAUUGACCUAUCAUGAUCAAACUUCCCCCGCGUAUCUCCAGGCUAGCUCAGAUAAUCGAAGUAGUGCGACUGGCAUAAAAGUACCAUCUGAAAAGGACCGCAAAAUUGCUAAUUCUUGUCAUCGCAGCCUAGCGGAUCAUCUUGGUGAUUCUCUCAAUGAUAGUACCCUUAAUACUCCGGAUAGACUUUCUGAAGAUAUCGUGAGAUGCAUCGCUUCUAUAUACUGCAAACUCGCCAAUCCCCAAAACUAUGCACGCCUGUCAGCUUCUCCUACUUCAUCCUUAUCCUCCUCAAGUAUAUUUUCUUCUAAGAAUCCUUGUGAUAGUUGGAGUCCACAUUGCAAUAAGGAAGCUACAAUGCAUCCACAAGGGUUGAAAGAAAAAAGUGGACCUUGUGCUACAAUGACCGAAGUUUCAAAGAUAUGUUUAGAUGAAGACAGCUUCAAUUGUGCGGUUAUGAUGCUGCAAAAUUUCAGGUCAUUGGUCCAAAGUCUAGAGAAGGUUGACUUCCUGAAGAUGAAACGUGAGCAGAAGCUUGUGUUCUGGAUUAACAUUCACAAUGCCUUGGUGAUGCAUGCAUACCUGGCAUAUGGAACUCAUAAUCGUGCGAAAAGUAGUUCAAUUUUAAAUGCAGCGUAUAAUAUAGGUGGACAUAGCAUAAAUGCGUAUAUCAUUCAGACCUCCAUCUUAGGAAUCCAAGCACACCGCUCAGCACCGUGGCGACAAACAUUGUUUCAUUCAGGAAAGAAGUUGAAGACGGGGAGCAUUAGACAUGUGUACGCAUUAGAAUACCCUGAGCCUCUAGUCCAUUUUGCUCUAUGUUCAGGGGCAUACACUGACCCAGCGGUUCGAGCAUACACGGCGAAGAGCGUAUUUCAGGAUCUGAAACUUGCUCAAACAGAUUUCAUUCAAGCUGGUGUCUCGUGCAAGGAGACAAAAGUUUUCCUCCCUAAAAUACUUGACUACUAUGCAAAAGACAUGUCACUGGGUACGGUAGGCCUCUUGGAGGAAAUAAAUGAUUGUCUUUCGGAUAUUCAAAAGAAAGCUAUCAGAAGCUGCAUGCAAGGAAAGCUUGACAAUUACAUACAUUGGCUACCUCAGAGUUCAACCUUUCGGUAUGUGAUCCAUGAGGAUGUAACCAAUGUAUAAAUUACUUUGUAAUUAUUCAACUCGAAGUUGUGUUUGUUUGUCAUAGGAGCCAAAUAAAGGGCAAGUGUUAAUCAUCUGUACAGGCAAAGUUGGACUGAUGAGAUUAAAGUAGAAAAUAUUCAACUGAAUUGCUUUGUUCCAAAUGUAAGUUAACCAGGAAUGGUUGUUAUGUCAUGGAUAGCUAGCUUUGUGGAUUU